UGUGCUAUUGUUUCAGUUUAAACAGGUAUGCCUAAAACAGCCAUGCCCGCUCAAGAACUGGCUCAGACAAAAAUCUACUUCGCCAUGCCUCCUACUAAUCCAUGAUACCAUGGUACCAGAUUUGGUAUACAGCGAUAAGUCCAACGACCCUUAGUCGUACUAUUCCACUUGCUUUGCCACUCCGUAAAGCUGCUUUCCCGAAUUCGACGUCAGUCUAUUUGAGUUAGGGAACGCGGGCCGGAUGCAAUGAGCGUCGAUUCUCUCGCCAGAAUAUCUACGGGUUUCAUGCUGGCGAUUACGAAAACUGCCACGUCUGACACUGCUCUGAAGGCGCUACAAACUCUGAGCGCACACAAGCGGUAUGUUGAGUAAACUCCACGGAAGUAUGCUGUGCCGCAUUUGACCAAAUCGGGGCCGGGUACAGUACUUGGCUUUUAACCACACUCGCUAAGAGUAGACGCCAGCGCGUCCCAAUGACCAAAGAUGCCAGCACUCUUCGAAGGUAAAUUGGAAAGGCAUCGUUACCAUGUGAGUGCGGUAAUUUUCGAGGUUGCCGAAAGGUUGAUGGCUGCUUAUGCAGAAACGCUCUCUCCUUGCAACUCCAUUUUCGUGGGAUGUAUGCCUAAGACAUGCGUGCUUUUUAUGUGCCGAGCCCUUGAAAAGCCUUAUCCUAUGGCUGAGAUGUAUGAUGUGUCAGUGAAUUGGCUAAGUAUUGACUAAGUUUUCCAUGCAAUAAAGUACACCUGGCUUGGUCACACUAUUUUUUUAUUGGCGAUGGAACCCAAUUUGAAUGUCUUACAAACCAGGAGAUCUUAGAACAAUCUCAGAUGAUCUGCAUACUCGCUUACGAUGUAAUUCCAAUAUUGGAAGCAUCGCUCCGUUAUAAUUCCGCAUAAGAUAAAACGUACUAUGUAGUACUUUUCAUCCACCCCACCACCUGUGUAUAGUUUGCAAAAAUCAACCAUGUUUCUGAAAUGAAAUAAAAUGUCACAAUCUAAAUAAAAUUUUUGUUGAAGCAUAUCGAUACUUUUUUUGUGUACGAAAAAAAUUAAAAAGUGUAUUAACUAAAUAAAAUCCAAAAUGUUCGAUCAAUGUAUGGGCGAUUGUUAUAAUAAUCAAAAUUAUUAUUGUGGUAGUCCCGCAAUUGGGCAAUGGUGGUACGACAAUAGUUACUACGGACCUUGGUAUACCCAUUAUCCUUUCGAUAAUUGGAAUUGGUACUGCAGUUUCAAUAACUACGGAGAAGGACAUCGCGCUGAUUUUCAUUGUCCAAAUAAGUCACCUAAAUGUAAUAUAAACCACGAAAAUAAGAGGUAUGAACGUCACUUAAGCGAACACUACGCGAAUCUUGAAAGUGCGGAGCCUUUGAGGAAAUCUUUGAAGAUCGAUUGCUUCGCCACAGAAACGGGGGCACGUAAAACACAAUCUGAAUUACUAAAGGGCAGCUCCAGGUGCUCGCUAAAAAAAUCGACCCCACGACGUAGAAACUGCAACAGAAGUAGAAAAAGCAAGCUUAGCGCAACGUCACAAAGUACUACAACAUUUGAAAAUUUGUUGGGUAAACUGGGCAUGCAAAUCUGUUCGAAUGGAGGCACGUUAGCCUACAUUCUAUUAGAAUCGGACGCAAGCAAGAAGGAUGAGCAAAGCUGUGGCGACAACGCCAAUGUGAAACCGAGCAGGAGCUACUCAACACAGCCAACGCAUGAGCUAAAGAGUGGCAGUUUAAGAUUCGGUGUGAAACGAACCACUGUGCAUAGCUCGGCAGAAAAAUGUGAACGCAAAAUGGCGCAACCGAGCCAGCACUCCACCACAAAAGUCAAAGGAGAAAAAUCUGAUAAAAUCAUAAGGAAAAAGGAAAGUGUGCAUCGAAAGGAAGCUACGAUCGGAAAUAGGGCAGUAAAUAAAGAAAAUCGCUGUAGUACAGAACCCCUAAUAAACAAAGGGAGUAGGUUAAAAAAACCUAAACAAUACGGUAAACAGGCGAAACUAAAUAAAGAAAAAGAAGAAAAUCUAGGAACAUCAGCCUUUGAAACGCCGAGGAAAAUGAAAAUCGAAAACUUAUCUAGCAAAACUGAAUAUAAGAGCAUCUCCAACACGCGCAAGCCAAGUGAACAGAAGUGCAGUACGUUAGCGUCCAGGAAAAAUAUGACUCAAGCAAGUAGCUCACCACCCAAACGAUGGCGAAUAUAGGACCAUUGUGGAACUACAACUGAUGUUAGCAGUUAUUAUUUUGUAAUAAUGAAUAUAAAAAAAUGUGCGUGAGAAUUUAAAGUGAUUGUUUAAUCAUCCAUUACUUUAGCAUUGGAUAAUUCAACAAACACUUUGAGAAGUCACAGAUAAAUUUAUGUAAGUGCAACGAAAUUUACUAGUAGGAAUAAUUGUAUUUUUUGUUAGUAAUUCUUCUCGAUGUUUUAUACAUAAUUAAA